AUGUCGCCCCCGCGUCGCCGUUCCGCUCGCAUCGCGAGCUCAUCCAAGACCCCGAAAACAGCGUCGGUCCCUCGACUUGGCUCUGUCAUUGAAGGCGAUGAGUCCCCUACUGCGCGCAAGCAAACAUCCAAGGACCUGGACACCAUCAUGUCAUCUCCCGUCCCCAAGCCUUCCACACCGGCCAGCGCGACACCUGUCAAGCUGCCCAUGUCCGAGAUGCACCCCAGCCGAGUCCAUCAGACUAUGGCUCCGCCCUCGUCUGGUCUGAGACUGGGCUUUGUGGACGUCAAUGCUGACCCCAAAGCCCGAGACCGACCUUCCGGCAUCACCCAGACCACCCCCUCCAAGACGCCACUUGGCCGCCCUUCGCCCUUCACCUUCCGUGUCGCCCGCCCCAGCGCAGGUGCCGAUGCCGGGAAGACCGACUCGGGACUGAGUGCUGAGGCCCAGAGAAUGAUGGAGGAACUACGCGAAGAGGCUGCCAAGAUGCGUGCGCAGAUGGCCACUCAACGACAGAAGGACGCAGUCGCCCAGCUGCAGGAAGAUAUGGCCUCUCAGCCGGAGCAAGCGGCAGAAAAGUCUACAGAUUCGUCCCGCAAGAUCGCCAAGGCAAGGGGCAAGUCUGGUCGCUUCAGCGCUGCUCAUAUGAGGGAGUUCAAGAAGAUGGAUUCCAUCGCCAACACCCCGGCAGUGCGCGCUGCCAAUCUGGCUGCUUUGUUCUCCGGCCGCCUCAGCCCCGCCAAACCUGCCAUAAAGCGUCGCCAGUCCAAGGCCAACCUUGACGAGCCCGAGCCCGUGUCCCGACGCCCGGCCUCUGCCAGGCCUGUCGCUAGAUCUAUCGAGAAGCCACGUGAGCAGCCCGAGUCGCCUGCCAAGCGCGUUCGACAGCGCCUUGAGGACGAUACCUCUACGCAGCGACCCGUCUCAAGAGAUGGCAGCAACAUUCCCCGCCCCAAGAGCAGUGGCAACGAUACUGUUCGUGGUGGCAUCCCUCGUUCCCAGACUUUGACGAACCUCAUGACGCCUACUAAAGCGUCAGCCGCAAAGACUGCUGCAAUCAAGACACCUACCGUGGCCUUGGUAAAGUCUCCCAGCAAGCCAGACUUGCGCUGCGUGGCUCAGUCCGCGAGCAAAGCUGGUUUCAGCAGUCUCAUCCGAUCUCCUACAAGAUCCGACCUGCCUACCCUGGCCAAGUCCCCUAGCAAACCCAACAUCGGAGGCAGCCUGAAGAAAUCUGCGACUGCGGGUAAUUUGAGUGUUCCUCGAGGAAUUGCCUCGCUUACCCAGACGCCAGGAAGAUUUGAUAGAGUCAAAUCGAUCCUCAAGAGACAGUUUAGUGCUUCGAAGCCCAAGAGCCACCUACCCCAGGUUGCCGGCACUGCGCCUAAGACCCCCGGUCAGACUGAGAGAGCGGCAGCUGUUGUCCCUUUGACAACCCCAAGCCAGAAGUUUGGCAAACAUGUUGAAUUCACUCCUGAUACGAAGCAGGCCACUCUGACCCAGAAUUCACCGUCGCCGGUCAAGUCCAUCUUAUCUCGAUCGAGAACAACCCCGAAGCUUCCAGCUCCCAACUAUCCUUCACUAAACGAGGUGAUGAGCGAUCAGGCUGUCCCGGAGGAAAUCUCAUACCCUGACCUGUCUGCCUAUGGAGCUGAAGCAGAAAAUGGAGUCGAGAGUAAGCCUGUGGAGUCUCUGCCGGAGUCCGUUCCUGGCACCUUCACCUUCCGGAGCGACCAUACCAUUCGCUUCGACAGCAUUUCACCCAAGGGCUUUGGGGGCGCUUCUGGUCAAGCUAGCGUGCGUCAAGUGAGACCCUCCGUUGGACCCUCUGCACGAAUGCCUGGUGCCUUCCCGAACGUGAAUGACAUUUCUUCCAACAAAGAGAACAAGGAACCCGUCGUCUUCACCGGAAUCCCUCAUGGUAUGUCCAAUAAGAAGCGAAAUCGUGCUGUCUGGGAGGAUGAGGAAGUCAAGUCGGGCAUUUCGCAUGGCAUCUCGAACAAGAAGCGCCAUCGCGCCAGCUCGGAUGGCGAAGAUGAAGUGGACGAGGGGGCGCAACGAGGCGCCAAGAAGCUGCGCAAGAACCCGCCUCCUGCUGAGGGCGAGGCGCUCGUCGCACCCCGACUUGCCAACUCCUCCCCCAUCAAGAAGCCCAGUGGGAUCUAUGGUACACCCAGCCCACAGAAGAAGAAGGGUAUCAGUCUCAGCCGACUCAACAUGCUCGCCCGACCGAAGAACCGAAAGUAA